AUGCACUCUCCUGUCGACUAUCCCUCAUCUCUUGACACUCCCUCAUCAUACGCAGCGCGCGCCUUGUACGGGCAAGCUCGAGGGGGCUCUCAAGAUCCUUUACCCCUUCUGCCCAGCUGGCGCUCUUCACCUACCCCUUCUCUUAAUCCCUCAACAAGAAAGCUGGGCUUAGAGUCCUCUUCUCAGUCCGUCCACUGUUGCGAUGCCCAGCCCCAGUGGGAUUGCAAGCCCGAAGAGUCCUCCAUCAUCAGCGCAGAGUCGCCAGCUGGCGACGCUGGAGAGGUCCAACAGCGAUCAGCUACUCUCGCCAACGUUAUCCAGUUUCUAGCACGCGUGCUCCCCGGCAAAGAAUUUAGGCAGCCUGCCUCUCCGGAGGAGUUUCAGGCUAUUGAAAAGGCCUUGCAUGGUGGAGAAAUCGGGUCAAAUUAUUCUAGCCUUCGUCUUAACUACUUCGACGAUCAUAUCGUCAUUAUGAUGCCCUCACUUACACAUGAGAUCGCUGCAGGUCUCCUCCAACUUUCUAUGAACCGCAACGAGCUCGCUGCAGACACCGCUCUUUCUGGAGGUUGCCCUUUGGUCCCAGUGGUUGGAGACCAACAGCUGUCUGCGGACGCCUGUUUCUUUUCGUCUUCCACCCCACAGCAUGGGAGGGUCGCUGCCAGGAAAACAACAAACGCGCUUGUUAUCAACCUCGAGGUUGACGGUAAACCCGGUGAGAGGGUCCUUCGCUCCUUAAGGGUCACUCACUGGAUUGGAAAGUGGACCCCAUACGAGGCGCCCAAUGAGGAGGAGCUCCAACACAUGAAAUCUGUCAUGGGACGUGUUGUGGACGAGGAGGGGAAUCCGCUCAACGAGCGCGGCGCUGAAUCGCGGAAUAUUUUUUUUGGUUUUGAAGAUGAUCCAGAGAGACCGGGGAAAUUGGUGCAAAGAUCGGUUCUUCCUCGGAUCGAUCUCCAGGUCUAUCCGACAACUGAAGGCCAGGAUCUGCCUGCCAUCAAAUUCGAAAAAAUCUAUUUUGUUAGGCAGUUGGAUGAAACAGACGAUGGCAAAGCCAUUGAGCUCACCAUCUGGCCGCACGAGCUCGUUGAUUUAGCCAAGGCCCGCAUCCAAGACGAAAAUGACAGGUGGAAGGCUGGGCCGAGUGGGCUGAAGAGGGCCCUAUCCGAGGAAACAGAACCAGUGAUUCGAGCGAGAUCAGAAAUGGACAGACACUUCGACGAGGUGGCGGGGGCAAAUCUCAAGGUUGUGCAGGUCGCUAGGAAGAAGCAGAAGAUAGGGAAAGAGGAGAGAAAGACAAGGUCAGGCAAAUAG